UGGCACUUUUCGGUCUGACGCUGCUCUGUCUGUCAAGAAACCAGAGUAGACUCCCCAUCUCUUCUCCUGGAUGAAAUGUCUCCGUACCCGAGAGGCACAUGAGUCAUUGAGCCAACCUGAGUCUAAACCCCUUGUAUUUCUACACUGCUCUGAGACUGGAGGACAGGAGAUGAGAGUCUGCGGCGCUCCACCACACCAUGAGUAUCCCGGGUCUGGGAGGACCUAUCGGGGAUUCUCUGGGCUCUAGCCUGACGGGGCGUAUGAGCGGCUGGAGUUCUCUCUCUCUGAAGACAGUUUCCUCCGGGCGGAUCGCCUCUGUAUUCCAGACCAUGGUUCCCACGGGUUACACCAAGCUACAGGAUGAGCGUCUCUCCAUGGUGGACCUCAGCGCCAAACCUGAUGUCGCAUCGCUCCAGAACGGCUACAGACAAGAGACGACACACAUAGAAGGCCGGCGGAUUCUGGACCGGGCCUCUCGCUCCUCUGUGACUUUAUCGGACUCUGGAGAUGGAGGAUACUCUGAAACGGAGCCCAUGCUGGCUGAGAGGAGGCUCUCUGGAGAGGAGGCAGAUGAAGAGGAGGAAGAGGAUGAGGAGGCAGGUCCGGGAUCUGUCGUGCACAAAAUGCCCAAGGAGUCUCUGCUGGCCAUGGCGCUGCAGAUCCUGCUGCCUUUCCUGCUCGCUGGGUUUGGAACUGUGUGUGCUGGCAUGGUGCUGGAUAUUGUGCAGCACUGGGAGGCGUUCCAGUACAUCACGGAGAUCUUCAUCCUGGUACCUGCUCUCCUCGGCCUGAAGGGAAACCUGGAGAUGACUCUGGCCUCAAGGCUGUCCACAGCGGUGAAUGUGGGCAAGAUGGAUUCUCCCAUAGAGAAGUGGAAUCUAAUCAUAGGCAACCUGGCACUGAAGCAGGUCCAGGCCACGGUGGUGGGCUUCCUGGCUGCCGUCGCUGCCGUGACUCUCGGCUGGAUCCCAGAGGGGAAGUUCCAGAUGAGCCACGCGGUGCUGCUGUGCUCCAGCAGCGUGGCCACGGCCUUUAUAGCCUCCAUGCUGCAGGGUUUCAUCAUGGUCGGGGUCAUUGUGGGUUCCAAGAAGACGGGCAUCAACCCAGACAACGUCGCCACCCCCAUCGCCGCCAGUUUUGGUGACCUCAUAACUCUGGCGAUCCUGGCCUGGAUCAGCCAGGGCCUCUACAAGUGCCUGGAUACGUACCCGUAUGUGUCGGGGCUGGUCUGCGCCUUCUUCAUGUGUCUGACUCCUCUGUGGAUGGUCAUCUCCUCCAAACACCCGGCCAGCCGCACCCUGCUGUACUCCGGAUGGGAGCCAGUCAUCACUGCCAUGGUCAUUAGCAGCAUCGGUGGGCUGAUCCUGGACAAAACGGUGUCCGACCCAAAUCUGGCUGGCAUCGUGGUUUACACUCCGGUUAUCAACGGAAUCGGGGGGAACCUGGUAGCGAUCCAGGCCAGCAGGUUCUCCACUCACCUGCACUUCCACUGUGCUCCUGGAGAGGUUCCUGAAGAGGCCAAGGGCUGCUACUACCCCUGCCGCACCUUCUGGGGAAAAGGAGCCAAUCACCGCUCUGCUCAGGUGCUGCUCCUAUUGGUGGUCCCGGGUCACCUGAUCUUCCUCUACACCAUCCACCUGAUGAAGAGCGGACACACCACCCUGACGCCCAUCUUCAUGUCCGUCUACCUGGCUGCUGCUCUGCUGCAGGUGUUGCUGUUGUUGUGCAUAGCGGACUGGAUGGUGCACUCCAUGUGGCGCAGCGGCAAAGACCCCGACAGCUUCUCCAUCCCCUACCUGACGGCUCUGGGGGACUUGCUGGGCACCGCGCUGCUGGCCCUCAGCUUCCACUUCCUGUGGGUCAUAGGGGACCAGGACAGCGACGUGGGCGACUGAGGAGACGACAAGGAGACGAAAAGGCAUCGGAGGUGACGGGACGACACUGACGGCCAUUCCUGACGCCUCUCUUCAUGAGUAAGGGGACGCUCUCUGCUUCCCUUCAACCACAUGCUGGUUUAAAAACUUUUGUUUGUUUUUUGUAUUCCCUUAAAUUUAGACUGCUCUCAGUACGGAUUUCGAUCUGCAUAGUUUGCACAAAAGCACUUGCAUAUUAUAAUGCUGGUGUUAAGAGGAGCAGGAAACCACAGCAGGGAGGACACCUGGCUGUGGUUUACUCAGUUGGAGGUCUUCUACUUUUAAAAAAACCCUCUUUUGUUGGUGAUUAUUUUGGGAAUAAACCUCCCACUGUGUCAGACUUUGUUACCUGCUUUGUGUUUUACUGCUUUGCUACGUCGAGUCAGCGGAGCGACACGGAGAGGCAAGAGAAGAUUAUCAAUACGCCGUGUCAGCAGGUCCACAGGCGGUUAGAAAAAUGAGAUUCAUUUGUAUUGAUGGUCGGAGAAUUUGACAUUUCUUCCAGUGUACAUUUUUCAGUUUACUCAGCCUCUGCAUGUUCUCUUUCCAUAGACUAACAUGCUUUCUACCACAUUGCUUCCACUAACAGUAGGCAAAGUUAGAAAAUCUCUGUUCACGACAAGCACUUCAAUUCAAUGGAAGCUAUCAGAGUUUAUCAUUAUACUGGAUUAGAUUACAUUUAGAGUAACGUGACCCUCCACACACACCUUCUCUCAUGACAACACACAGUUUAAAGGUACUACAAAGUAAAGCAGACAAAUGGGGAAAUUAAAUAACUCUCCGUUACAUUUCCCUUAUCAUACGAACAAGCUGUCUCUACACUGCAAUACAGGAAUAAUGCUGUUUUUCUUAUUUAUCACAUUUUGGGCGACCAUUACUCGGCCUUACUUCUUAUUGGCAGGGACUUGACUACCUGUCUAGCUACAAAGAAUCCGCUUGAGACGACGUUUUGUCACCAAAUUGUGAAUUAAACCCGAACUAAAUUAGCUUGCAUUGUUUUCAAAUACAAUGCAAGAUGGAUCUUAGUACAGAAUGCGAAAAGGGUAGCAAUCAACCGUAUAUUUUCAUCCCCGGCCUUUUGAUAUUAUGUUAAUGUUAACAGCACUUCUCACAUAGAAAACCAUGAAAUGAUUGAUAUAAUGAACCUCCUGCGUUCCCCCUCAUUCAUUCUCUCUGUUUGUUUGUUCUGUCUGUCGUCCUCCUCAGCGGGGGUCCGGUUUAACAAACAGAGCGAGAACACUGUGCCAGUCCAGCAGGAGAAAAAAAAAUCUGACAGUUUCACGCUGGAUGUUUGUUUGCUAAUCACAUCAUGUUUACAGUGCAUGUUCGCAGAGCGUUUACAUGCAUGUAGACGAUUAUCAGCUGUUCUCAUGUUGGCAUCGUCUUCAUUUCUACUCUUUCCGACUGAAUCAUAAUCAUUGUAAACAAAUGUAUUCACAUAUUCACAACAUGCUGUGUAUUUAAAGGUCUGAUAAUAUUGAUCUGGAUUCAGUUCUCUGGUUAUUAUCAAUCAGUUUUUUUGGCUUCAGGUGAGACGACAUGGGGAAAGCCUUACGUCAAAACCAACUCCUUAAUCAAGACAAGCUUUUAAUGCUUUCAUUGCCACACUUUACAAACCAGUGAAUGUGUUUUAUCAAUUUCUGUGUCCAAGCGAGAACUCUUUUCCAAUGAACGACGAUAGCAUUGGCUCCAAAUGUUGCUUAAAAUUAAUAAGAUGGGGUUUAAUUUGCAUAAAGCUCAGUGGUUGUGUCGGCAGCAACAAUGGAGAGACUCGAUUGAAUACAUCUGAGUAAAUCGCUAAUUUUUGUUGCGAGUAGAGAGCGUUCUAACCAGUUUUUUUUACUAAUUUGAAGAGAUAGUGGGGAGGAUUUGACACUUAAAAUUGACCUCAGCAGCAUAGUGUGUGUUCAUGUGAACCAAGUGGCAACAGCCUGUGUUGAAGUGCCAAAAACUGCAGUUAUUAGAACAUCCAUAGGUUAAAAUGCCCAAUUUUACAGCCAAAAUAAACAUAUUUACAACGUGGUACAAAAUCUGUAUUGAUCUCUAUAGCUAAUGUCCCCUUUUCAUGACUGCAUGGGUGCACAUUUUUGCAUAACUCAUCCACUUUUAAAGAUGAUUUGAUUGUUUUAAAGCUUAAAUUGACGCAUUAUUAGGGUUUGAGUGACAGGUUGGAUUAGCAGGUCUCUUCAGAAACCUGAGGGUGAAUUCACGGAGACGACGUCCAUGUUUUCUACUGUCUAUGAUGUGAUGGUGGCUCUUAUCAUCUCCAAUAUGUGCCUCUUUAAAUUCACUGGUUAACAAGGUAUCUCUCCGUCAUGCCAUCAUCAUCGUAAUACUGUGCAAUUAUUUUCAUUUUUGUACCUAAUUUCAGAGUUUCAUCCCAAAAUGAUGUUUUAAUCCCUGAAGCCAGAAGCUAAAUAGUGGAUAUAUCAUUUUGGUGUAAAACAUAACGUUGCUUUUGUGGCUCAAAUGGGCCGAAAAUGUCUAAAUAAAUGUCUCUCAAUUAAAGAAAUCA